UUAUUUUUUUUAUCAGAGGUAUUAUGCGAUUAACUGAGUCAAAAUCGGCAACUAUUCAAAAUCAAUGACUCCCUGUCACCGCACACCGCGUUAGCAAGAAGAAAAGGUCGAUCCUGCAGUACCGCGCACUAUUUCUUUCCCAUUAUGACCGACACUGACUAAGAAAUAGAAUAGCUGGACUGCCAACAUAUACAUGAAUUUAUUUAUUUUUGGUAAUUUAAUUCCCGGUUCUUCAAAACAUGACCCACAUCGACCCUCCGAAGAACUUCCUAUAAAUGCAAAUUUAAGACUAGUCUGUCAAACACAGAGAGAGCUAGAGUUCAAUUAUAUGACCCGACUUCACUUGUACAACAUAACCAUUUAAACAAGCUUCGCUACUGCAAGUGUGUGCCUCUAGUGACCAAACAUGGAGGGAGAGAUCAGCAACUUCGUCAUGGUAUGGACCUUGGCGGUGAUAUCGCUCACCUAUUGCCACACCAUCUGUCAAACCGUCCCUAGUGGAACCAAGAGGCUCUUGGCCAUUUCACCGGUCAUUGGCCUCUUCUUCAUCCUCCCCCUAAGCCUCACCACCAUCUCUCUUGGAGGCCUCACUUCAUUCUUCAUCGCUUGGCUUUGCAACUUCAAGCUCAUCCUCCUUGCCUAUGGCAAAGGCCCAUUGUCAUCAAGCCAAUCUUGCUCGUUGGCAUACUUCAUUCCCAUCGCUUGCCUUCCCAUCAAGAUUCGCAACCCAAUUGAGAGCGCCAAAAAUGAAGAACACCCAUGUUCGGAGAUCAACGAGAGAGGCCUCAAGUCGCCAAUGAAUUAUGUCAUCAAGUGCUUGGUGAUAGUUGCCUUUUUGCCCGCCUAUGAAAGGAAGGACCGAGUUCAUCCGGUGAUGAUCAACUUGAUGUAUUGUGUGCACGUGUACGUCGGGUUGGAGGUGUCCCUCGCCGUGGUUGGAGCCAUGGUCCGAGCACUAAUUGGUGUUAGGCUCGAGCCACAAUUCGAAGAGCCAUACCUCUCAACCUCACUACAGGACUUUUGGGGGCGGAGAUGGAAUCUCAUGGUCACAAAUAUACUCCGCCCUACCGUAUAUUUACCUGCCAGGUCCAUUUCCAGCUGUGUGAUUGGAAGGACAUGGGCCCCGCUGCCGGCAUCAUUCGCAUGCUUCCUAGUCUCUGGGCUCAUGCAUGAGCUGAUUUUCUACUACAUCGGGCGUAAGGAGCCGAGGUGGGUGGUCACCUCCUUCUUCCUCGUGCACGGCCUCGGCGUGGCCAUCGAGAUUGCCGCUAAGAAAGCGCUUGCCGGCAAGUUCCAUUUGCCGAGGGUGGUGUCCGGACCAAUGGCAGUCAGUUUCAUCCUCGCGACAGCAUUGUGGCUGUUCCUACCGGCCCUAUUGUGGUGCGACGCGGAGGACAAGGCACGUAGAGAGGCCAUGGCGAUGGUUGACUUUGUGAAGGAGACUUGGAGUGUUGUGAGAUUCAGCUUCAUUAUGAUAGUGAGUAGGUGAAUGUAUUUAUUGUAGACAUAACAUGUACUUGCUAUAUAUUUGAUCUUAAUUACUAGCUAAUCGUUGUUCAAGUACACAAUCAACUGUCGAGACGUGCUUUUCCAGCUAACCUUUUUCUUAUUAUUGUU